AUGUCUAUCAUGCACCAAUCCUCUAUGGUUGGGGAGUCUUCAACAGACACCAUGGAUGCUAGAUCUACUCCAGCAACCUCGGAGGCGGGCGCACCAAUUAUAGGGACAUCUCAGAUAGAGGAUACCGGAUCCGAAAUGCAGGAAUUAGUUUCGAACGUGGAUUCCUAUAUCCCAGUGGGAGUACUGAGGAAGCGUACGUGUGUUAAUAAUGCAGGUAGUGAGGGAGAGGAAGGACAUGACUUCCCAGAGGCCGAGAUCAGAAUGUUGGAGGCUCACCACCGGAUUUGGACCUGUAUUUUGCCAUAUCAUAAUCAUCCCGGGUGGAGUUACGUUCGUAUAUAUGUUAUGCCUGAUGACAAGGGUCGCAAGUUUAUUCCACGCUUGAGCGCGAGUUUGAGGCGUGCGCUCAAGGUCAUCGUGUCAAGAGUGGAUCGGUCGCCUCAGGCAUGGUCUGGUUGGCUUCCAUCGGACUGGAAUGCUAAUAAAGGCACUACGGACGAUGCAAAAGAUGAGUCCUUGUGGUAUAUCUUCAAUACUUUACAAGACCCAGAGCCUCAAGUGAAGAACAUGAGAGACCCGUAUACGAGGAAAGCUAUGCAAGAGUUGCUAUCAGUGGUCGACAGCAUUGACAAUGAUGAAAAUACAGAAAUAGGCCAGCAGGACUGUACCGGUAUUUUGGGUCUUAAAACACCACUAUAUCCAUACCAGCGCCGUUCGGCUGCCAUGAUGGUUCAGCGAGAAGCACAACCGGCAAAGAUGUUGGAUCCCAGACUGCAAAUAUGCACAAGUCCUACAGGUCAAGAAUACUACUAUGAUAAGGAGGAGGGCACCAUUUUUCAUGAGAAAAAGCUGUACUCCGAGGCUUGUGGAGGCAUACUUGCAGAGACCAUGGGCUGCGGCAAGACUCUGAUUUGUCUGGCAGUGAUUCUGGCCACACGUGGGCAUUUCCCUCAUAUCCCGUUUGAGUAUCAGGAGAUGAACCCUGUCCGUGAAAAAACUGCAAGUCUAGUUCAAAUGGCAGCUGCAACCGCAGGGCGGCUUUCGCUACCGUGGGAGAGUAGAUUCAGGUCUCUGGGUGACUCCGGUUCGUUUUACAAGAAGUGCAUCAAAGCAUGUGAGGAAAACCGUGGCGAGUAUACCAUUCCACCACCACCAGCCAAGCACGGUAGUCGAAAUGGGGUGGCCUAUCCUAGACCACCUCCUUUGCGCCUUCAGCUCUGCUCUGGGACUCUGAUUAUUGUACCACCUAACCUUGUUAACCACUGGGUGCAUGAAAUUAAUAGCCACACCGAAGGACUCAGAGUGCUGGUUUUACGGGACAACUCGGAGAUAACACCCUCACAGGACAGUCUCUUGCAGUAUGACAUUAUCUUGUUUUCGCGAGUUCGCUUUGAAAAAGAGGCAGGUGAGGCGGUGCAUAACAAGCGCCAGUCAAUCAAAGUCGAGGAGUCGCCAUUGACCAAACUUCAUUGGCUUCGGAUUAUUGUCGAUGAAGGCCACAACGUGGCUGGCCACGGACACCGCACCACUAUGAUCCAUAUGAUUGACCAACUUCAUGUGGAGCGUCGAUGGGUCGUGUCAGGAACACCAUCUAGCGGGCUCUAUGGGGUUGAAGUUAGCCUGGCUUCGCAGGAAACGAACACUAGUGACACCGAUAUGACGGAGGCCACCGCAGCCAUACUUCACGGAAGGAAGAAGACCGGAAAUGCAAUCGAUAGUGAGCUGAAGGAUAUUGAUAGGUUGCGACUUAUUGUUGUAGAGUUCCUCGAUCUUAAGCCAUGGUCGAACUCCCGUGCCCACGAUCAUGCUAAUUGGACCAAGUACGUCAAGCCGGUUGGAGAGGAUGGGAGACGCCGGAAAGCCCCGUCUCUUCGAGCCACCCUGCAGAGCUUUGUUGUGCGGCAUCGUAUGGAGGUGAUCCACAGGGAAAUUUUUCUCCCGCGGCUGCACAACAAGGUAGUGCACCUUGAGCCGACCUUCUAUGACAAAUUGAACCUUAACCUAUUCAUCUUUAUACUGGCGGUCAAUGCGAUCACGUCCGAGCGGAAAGACCAGGAUUACAUGUUCCAUCCACGCAACCGGAAGCAUCUCACGACACUGAUCAGCAAUCUUCGACAGGCAGGCUUCUGGUGGGCUGGCUCCGAGGGGGAUCUCGCCGGAACCAUGGACACGGCCCAGAGGUAUUUGGAGAAAAAUCGGGAGAAGAUGACGGUCGAGGAUGUCGAAUUACUGACAGAGGGUGUGCGCAUAGCCCAGAAAGCACUUGCCUGUGAAAGCUGGAAUGCAUUCAAGAAAUUCCACGAACUGGGAGUUUUCAUCCAGUCUUUUCCCUCCCAUGCUCGAAACAUGUGGGCACUGGCUGAUUCCCGAUCCUACCUGGAGCCUCUUCUUAUGGGAAUCUCUCAGGCCCACCACUCCCAAAAAUUUGUAACUGCACAUUUAAAUACGUACGACCCGGCGGAAGGUCUUCCAGGGGCGGGACUCAAAGUUCGUCUUCAGCUUGAAAAGCGAGAACAGCGUGGGUCCGAGCCUGUGAGCAUCAAGACGACGCCAGAUAAGCCUCUCAACAUACGGUCUCCCAAGAAGACCUUCUCCAAGGGACUUUUCAAGAUACUUUCCGCGGAAUCGCCCCUUGCGGAAACCAAACUCGUUGCAACCGCCUCCGCCAAACUGACAUACCUGCUGGAUCAGGUCCACCUGCUGCACAAGGACGAGAAGAUAAUCAUCUUCUAUGACAACAACAACUCAGCAUUCUGGAUCGCCGAGGGCCUUGAGCUACUCGGCAUCGAAUUCCGUAUCUACGCCAGCACACUGAAACCCGCCCAGAGAGCCGAAUACCUCGCCUUAUUCCAAGAAGCCCAGGACAUCCGCGUGCUCCUAAUGGAUCUGGUCCAAGCAUCACACGGACUCCACAUAGCGUGUGCCUCGCGCGUCUUCAUCAUAAAUCCAAUCUGGCGCCCCAACGUUGAAAGCCAAGCCAUCAAACGAGCCCAUCGGAUCGGGCAGAGCCGACCUGUGUUUGUUGAGACGCUUGUCCUCAAAGACACGCUGGAAGAUAAAAUGCUGAGACGCCGGAAAAACAUGUCUGAGAUGGAAAUCCAGCAUGCAGAGAAGGACCUCCUCGACGAUACUACGAUGAGCUCCAUCAUCCAAAACGAGCGUUUCAUCCCCAUGCCCGAAGACGAAGAUUCAGCCGGGCUGGCCUUCCUGCGAAACCCUCCGGGGUUCUUCGAUCGUCAUAAACUUCCUAUGUCAGAUGAUAUCGGUAGCGGUGACGCAACAGAGUCCGAGAUACACAAGACACCGACGAAGCGCCGACGGUCCGCCAAACCUGACUCGCUUGAUUUUGGCGCCGUCGAUCUCUCGGACGGGCCUGAUCUACUGACUCCCACUAAACGGAGGAGAACAGCGGAGCCGCGGAUUUUCUGCAGCGCCACGCCUCAUCUCCAGACCUUCAUCAUUCACGAAGAUGAUUUUUAUUAUCCGGAUGAUCGAAUCCCAUACACAACCACUCCAUCCGGCAAAAUAGUCCAAGACUGGGACACGAUAUCCGCCAUCGACGUAUCAUUUUUAUCAUCGACGCUGUCGUAUGUUCGCAACCACGGGGUCCUACCGCCCCGACUGAAGAGUAAAGAGGAUUUAAAUGAGAAGGCGGAUUCCGGAGUGGACGAGGACAUUGUCGCUCAAUUUCGGAGAGAAGUUCAGAGUCGUCUGACAUCAUCUUCCGUACCGGGGGGAUGUGCCACUGCUCGCACAGUGGCUUUUCUGGAAGGGUUUCUUCUCUAUGCGCCGCCGGAAUCGGAGGUCCAGGAUCAUGAGCUGCGUUCGGUGCAUGGACAGAUCGAUGUGCGGCUUUUUUUGCCCACCCCGUAUGACCUAGUGAAGACGAGGCGGGAGAGUCGCAGUGGUUAUGUUACUAUUGGACCGGCGCCGGUUUCAACGACGUCGGCGUCGGGACAGGAGAUCUCGAACUCUCGGGAGGUGGAUUUGGAAGCCGAAGAUGAUCGACCGCCGCAGAACUUUUGGACCGAUCCGCCGGGCUACGUGGAUGAUAUCGUUUGGCCCCGGUAUGUUCAGGACCAUGCGUGGCUACUUUUGCCCGAACAGCCUUCGUCGCAGGUAUCUAGCUGUCUGGGGAUGGAUUCUCAUGAGACCAUCCAUGUAGUAGGACAGGGGGUCAACUUGAGAACUGAUGCUGGGGUAACGGUCGCUCCAGGGCAGGGAAGCAAACCGAUGGUGGAUAUCCUUCGAUGGGCAGUGGAGGUGAUGAUGAAGCAUUUAGAAGAAACAACUGCAUAA